AUGAAUAGUACUUUUGAGCAUGCUCAAUCUAGUAUUUCAUCUAAAACAAUUUAUAUAUUCUGGUCACAUACUCAAAGUGAAAUACAUGCGCGUAGAAGCAAUGCUGGUAAUUGGUCACCUAAUCAUUUCGUACCACUUUUACUUCCGUCGAACGAAUCUCAGUAUCAAAACAGCAUGACUGAACCGAAAGCCACUGGUUCAGGCUUGACGCCAACUAAAUCGACAAUGAAGAAUAACAUACUAACUCAAGUUCGCAUUCCUGAAUUUAAUGCGGAGGAUGACGAAACUCAACAAUUUCAAAUGUCAUCGACACUUUCCACGGUAAACCAGGAAAUCGCAACAACUCCUCGGACUAAACGAAGACUACAAGUAACUGAAAACUAUACGAAUGUUGAAAAUACAAAUAUGGAUCGGAGACGUCAAAAAGCUCGUGAAAGUAUGACCGCUAAACGAGCUGAAGCUACACCAGAAGAAGCUAAAAGACAACGCACGCUUGCCAGAGAAAGGAGUGCUGCCAGAAGAGCUACCCUUACACCAGAACAAGUUGAACGAGAGCAACACGAACGUACUGUGACACGAAACAGAAGUGCAGCUAGAAGAGCUGCUCUAACACCAGAACAAGUUGAACACGAACGUACUGCAGCUCAAGACAGAAGUGCUGCUAGAAGGGCUACUUUAAUACCAGAGCAAGUUGAACGUGAACGUGCUGUGACUCGAGACAGAAAUGCAGCUAGAAGAGCUACUUUAACAUAUGAACAAGUUGAACAUGAACGCACUGUAGCUCGGGACAGAAGUGCAGCAAGAAGAGCUGCUUUGAUACCAGAACAAGUAGAACAUGAACGUACUAUGGCUCGAGACAGAAGUGCAGCUAGAAGAGCUGCUUUAACGCUGGAAGAAAUCGAAGAACAGAGAGAGCAAACUCGUGAGAAAGUUGCAGCAUGGAGAGCUACUCUUACACCGAAAGAAAUCCAGCUACAACGAACACUUGCUACUGAACGAACUAUGAGUAAACGAGCUACAGCGUCACCAAAAACAGCCGAAGAACAGCGCGUAGUAGCUCGCAAAAGAAGUACUGCAAGACGAGCUGCUUACACAUCUGAUGAACUCGAACGUCAGUGCGCAUCUGCUCGCCAGAGAAAGCUACUUCAAAAAAGUGGCAAGCACCAACAAGAAAGGAUGAAAACAAAACUACAUGAAAGUAACGACUCUGAAUGGCCAAAAUCUAUUGAUAUUGAACAUACAAAUGCUCAAUCAACGAUGACUAAAAAGUCAUUUACUUGUGUAAAUGGUAUCGUUUUUUAUACAGCAGGAUUGCAUAAAACUGUUCAGAGAAAAAGACGAUAUUCGGUUCACUGUGAUAUUUGUUCAGAGCGUUAG